GAGAAAACAAAAAAGAAAAGAAAAGAAAAUGGAUAUCAAUCUUUCCCUGAAAAUAGAUACCGAAGAAGAAGAAGUUGAAGAAAAUGGUGAAGAAGAGAAGAUGGAUUUGCAAGAAACAAAUGAUAAUGAAGCAACAGCUACAGGAGAAGAAGUAGCAGAUGAUUCUUCUGUAGAAUUAUCCUUGCAAGAUAACUCCAACACAGAAGAGUUAUCAGCUCUGCAAAUGCAGAUGAAUAGAAUGAAAGAGGAGAACAAAGUCUUGAGAAGAGUUGUAGAACAAACCAUGAAAGAUUACUAUGAUCUUCAAAUGAAAUUUGCAGUCAUCCAGCAAAAUACCCACAACAAUGACAAGAAAGCUCUUCAAGAACCCAAAGGAUCAGUUCCAGAAUUUUUGGACGCUAAUCCUGGAGGAAAAGAUUUAGGAUUGUCAUUGAGACUGCAAACUGAUCAUCAUCAAGAAAGAGAGGAAGGUUAUAAAGAAGAAAUCAACAAGAAAGAAAAUGGAAACGACGCGUCUUUGCCAAAUCAUAAUAAGCUUCAAAGAACUGAUCAUCACCUGGCUGGAAUCAGUAGCCAUGCUGCUGCGGCUUCUCUACACAACAGAAAAGCUAGGGUUUCAGUUAGGGCUAGAUGCCAAACAGCAACAAUGAACGAUGGCUGUCAAUGGAGAAAAUAUGGCCAGAAAAUUGCCAAAGGCAAUCCAUGCCCUAGAGCUUAUUAUCGUUGUACAGUAGCUUCAGGAUGCCCAGUGAGAAAACAGGUGCAAAGAUGCUUAGAGGACAUGUCAAUUCUUAUAACAACUUAUGAAGGAACUCAUAAUCAUCCACUUCCUGUUGGUGCAACAGCCAUGGCAUCAACUGCUUCGGCUGCUGCUUCCUUCAUGUUAAUGAAUUCAAGCAAUUACUCUCUAGCUAAUGGGGUUCAUAAUUUCACCCAGUCAUCAUCACUCCCAUACAGUAGAGCCACCUCUCAUCACAUAUUUUAUCCUUAUUCAUCGCCUUUCAGAAGCAUAAACCCUAAUGAUCCUUCUAAAGGGAUUGUUCUUGAUCUUACACAUGGCACAAGCUCAUCAUCGUCAGCAUCAGCAUCACAUCCUUUCGGACAUCCCUUGUCUUCAUGGAUGCAAAACAAGCCAUCAAGUCACCAAACUAAUCGGAGAGGUGAAAAGAAAGACAAAUCAGUAGCUGAAAAUGUUACUACUUCUAUUGCAUCUGAUCCAAAAUUUAGGGUUGCGGUUGCUGCUGCUAUCACAUCUCUCAUCAAUAAAGAAAAGGGUACUCCUCUUUCUAUGGGGCUUCCAAUUAGAAAUUCAUCACCUUGAAGAUCUCUCAAGUGGCAAUCCAAUUAGAAAUUCAUUACCUUCAAGUUAUAAAGAAUCUAUAUAAGAUCAAUAAAUUCUUCACAAACAUCAA